AUGAGGAACAAGACCAGUGUGACUGAGUUCAUUCUCACGGGCUUCUCAGACACCCCUGAGCUGAGGCUCGUGAGCUCCCUGGUUUUCCUCUUCAUCUACCUCUUCUCCCUCCUCGGGAACAUGUGCAUCAUCGCAGCUGUGACCCGAGACAGCCGCCUCCACACCCCCAUGUACUUCUUCCUGCAGAAUCUGUCCUUCCUGGACAUGUGCUACACCUCAGUCACCAUCCCCAAGGCCCUGGCCAAUUCACUCAUGGGUUCCAAUGUCAUCUCCUUCUGGGAGUGUGUGGCUCAGCUCUUUUUGUUUCUCAUGCUGUGUGCUUCUGAGUGCUUCUUGCUCACGUCCAUGGCCUACGACCGCUGCCUAGCCAUCCACAGGCCUCUCCUCUAUGGCGUCAUCAUGAGCAGAAAGCUGUGUGUGGAGCUCGUGGCCGUGGCCUGGUUGAGCGGAGCUCUCUACUCUGUCUUCCACACCACCAACACCUUCUCCCUCCCGUUCUGUGGGCCCAACGUGGUUGACCACUUUUUCUGUGAAAGCUCCCCCGUAAUGAGGCUCUCCUGCAGUGACUUCCGCACCCACGAGGAGGUGGGAUUUGCAGUGGGCGGGUGCAUCGUUGUCAGUGCCUUUGGGCUCACCAUGGCCUCCUACGUGGUCAUCAUCUCCACCAUCACUCAGAUCCACUCUGCAGGGGGCCGUGGGAAGGCCUUCUCCACCUGCUCCUCUCAUCUCACUACAGUCACUCUCUUCUACAUCACUGGGAACAUUGCUUACCUGAGUCCUACUUCUCAAGACUCUCCCAUUCAAGGACGACUGCUGUCUGUGUUUUACUCCGUCAUAACCCCCAGCCUGAACCCCCUCGUCUACUGUCUGAGGAACAAGGACAUGCAGGUGGCCCUGAAGAAGCUACUUGCCCCAUCCAACUAG